UACCAACUGGUGGUUAAGGGAUUUUAACACCCGACCGAACUGUGAAGCAAGGACUUAGAGAGAGAAAUGAAUUGUGAUAACCUAGAGAGAGAAAGAACAGGAGUUAGAGAGAGAAAGGGAAAGGGGGAGAAACCAAAAGGACAGGAGAAAAUCGGGGUGGUCUCACGUGGGGGGAGAUAUUGCAUAUUAAAAUGGAGGAGAUGAAGGGGAAAAUGAUUGAUUAUUUAUUGUUUGGGUAAAAUGAAUAGAAUAAAUUAUUAUUCUAUCGAAGUUUGGUUUAGAGAGAGAGGGAAUGGUUUCUUCUCUUUAUUUUUGUUGAUCUCUCGGGAUCGGUUAUUGUCUCCGUUAAAGGGAGAGGGAAAGAUAGAGAGAGGAUUCGGUGUUUUUUGUUCCUCGCCUGCAAAUUCUGCCUCCCAUCAUACACACAAGCUAAGUAGAUGAUUGAUGGAUACCUAAUUGGUUGCUUGAUCAAAGUUGAAGCUUUGCUACCUCUGGUGUGAUUUAUAGAGAGAAAAUGACAGGCAUGGCCACUUACUUUCCUGGUUCGAGCAAUCAGAGAGAUACCAUGCCCACCCUUUGCUUAAGAGACCCUGGCCCUAACUCUUUUCCCGAACAAUCUCUCAAUGGAAACAUGCUAUACAUGAACUAUCUCACUCCCUCUGAUUACUCUGAUACCUUGACAACCCAUCAUUCUCAACCCCAACAAAACUGUGUUGGCCUCCAUGUACCCACUUCCAUUCUCUCUCAAGAAUCACGUGCUCCUGAGGCAUCGGAGGCGACUGCAUCUCACCAUAGGAUAUUAUCACACUUAGUUGCUUCUCGACUUGGUGAAAACAAUGCUUAUAACACAACCUGGCGUGAUGGGAGAAAUGGUUUAUUGCUUAUGCAAUCCGAUAAUGAGAACCCUCAAAUUGGCAUGCCAACCCUGGGAAUUAUUCAGAAUGAGCAAAACCUACCUAUUCAAGGGCAAGGAUUAUCACUAAGCCUUGGCACCCAGAUCCCCUCAGCUAUUCCUGUCCAUUCCUUUCAGUAUCGACAAACUCUAUCGGAUAUGUCCGCUUUUUUGGGAACUAAUCAGUCUGGUCGAGAUGGCCUGAGUAAAGAUGACCCUCGAAGAAAGCAGAUAUUAGGCAAUGAGGUGCCUCCUUCCUCUUUUACUUGUAAUGGUGGAAACCCGGUGCUCAAGGGGGAUGUGUUGGGAACUCUUCCACGCUCUGAGGCAGGGCCUGCUCCCUAUGCACUCUUGGGUCUCUCAAGCACCAUAUCAAAUUCAAAGUAUCUCAAGGCUGCACAACAAUUGCUUGAUGAAGUUGUUAAUGUUGGAAAUGCAUUGAAGCCUAAUGAGUCAGGGAGACCCAAGAGCUUUUCUAUGGCCACUGCUUCAAUGGCUUUAAAAGUGAGUGAGAAUACCCCCUCAAAUCUAUCAGACCAACAGGAGGCGAAUGCUGAUGCACCCAAUGAGUUGUCCCCAACUGAGAGGCAAGACCUCCAGACAAAAUUGACUAAGCUUUUGGGCAUGCUAGAUGAGGUUGACAGGAGAUACAAACAAUAUUACCAUCAAAUGCAGAUCGUGGUCUCUUCCUUCGAUGCCAUUGCAGGAGCUGGGGCUGCUAAGACUUACACUGCCCUUGCACUCCAAACUAUUUCCAAACACUUCCGCUGCUUGAGAGAUGCUAUAAAUGGUCAAAUUCGAGCAACCCAAAAGAGCUUAGGUGAACAAGACCCAACAAGCAACAAAAGUGGGGGGGGCCUAUCCCGAUUACGUUUCGUUGACCAGCAGCUCAGACAACAGAGAGCUCUGCAACAACUUGGAAUGAUGCAGCAGCAUGCAUGGAGGCCACAGAGAGGCCUACCUGAAAGCUCGGUAUCGAUCCUCCGUGCAUGGUUGUUUGAGCACUUCCUCCACCCCUACCCCAAGGACUCAGAUAAACUAAUGUUGGCAAGGCAGACAGGCUUGAGCAGAAGCCAGGUUUCGAACUGGUUCAUAAAUGCUCGUGUUAGGCUUUGGAAGCCCAUGGUCGAGGAAAUGUACAAAGAGGAGAUAGGUGAGGCAGAGAUGGAUUCGAUCUCCUCAUCUGAGAAGGCUCCCACUAAAGGCAAUGGAGAGGGAAGGGCAUCUGAUGAGAGAGAAGAGUUAGUGGGCUCAACAGAGAGGCACCAACUAACCCAAUUCAAGGAUUCGAAAUCAGAGCUCGGGUCCGAGCCCGAAAUGGCAGGGACCGUUGCUCAUGGAGACGAUAGUGGAAGUUAUGGUCAUCCAUCAAGGGAACGAAGGUCCAACAAUGAAGAUUGCAGCCUUCUUCAAGAUGCCCUAGGGACCCAUCACCCUGAUGGCCAUGGCAGGUUCAUGUCUUAUGAUUAUGCGAGGUUAGAGAGAGAAGCUUAUGCAGCUCCAAGGUUAGAGAGAGAAGCUUUUGCAGCUGGAAAGAACAGUGUUUCUCUUACUUUGGGGUUGCAACACUGUGAUGGUCAGCAAAGUUACAUGGGUGUGAGAGGGGAUGAGAUAUACAACACAAAUUCAGUUGUUUCUGACUCGUCAGAGUACGAUUGCAUUAACCGAAGGCACAGGUUUGGUUCCUCUCAUUUGUUGCAUGAUUUUGUAGCUUAAAUUGGAGAUGAAGUGAGAUUCUCUCUCUAUGGUAUAUGAUAGAUACUGUGAUGCCUAUAUAGCUCAUUCUUGCUCCUCCAAUACAAAAGGAAUGUGAAGCCUUAGUGUAUAUGACACUGGAGGUGGAUGAAUUGUAGUGGGGAGCAUGCAGGAUGUAAAGAUGGUGGUAUACUGAUGUGUUGAAGAUUACUUGUAAUAUUACUGUCUUCGUCACAGUAUCAUGGAACAUGAUGCUCCAUAAUGAACAAACUGGGGAUGUGAAAUUUACUACGAAAAAAUGGGAAAUUUCUCUCUCUGGCAAUAACAGAUUUGUAAGUCUUGGGAGCAAUUAUUACUUGGGUAUUUAGUGUUAGUGUUUGUAACUUUAAAGCACUGGUUUCUAUAUCAAAUAUAGGCAUAGCUAUGUGCAGUAGAAUUUUACUGAGCC